AUGGACCGCAACACAGAUUUGGUACCGACGUCACCUCUGCCAUCUGUGCAAGCUUCAGCAUCCAGUCGUAAACGACGUCGCGCGGCCAUGUGGACAUCAACGCACUCGUCAGCAAUAUCUACUGCUUCAACGACAUCAACACGGUCAACAAGAGUGCGACGGGUAUUAAAUGACCAAUUCGACCGGUUGUAUGCAAGUCCGAAUGGGGAUAAAGCCAGUGCAGCUUCGUCAGAUUUUGUUAUCGCACCUAAGUCGCAAUUACCUACUGAAGUGCAAGACUUUGUGAUACUUAUUGCAGACUAUACCAAGCUGCCGUAUGCGAAUAAAGCUAAGGACGAUGUGGCAGAAAAUGGUAUGACUAAGCUGCCACUUGGUCGUCUCUCCAAGACUACCAUCAAACGGGGAUAUGAAAUACUAGAAGAGAUUUAUGAAGCACUUCGCAGUCGCCAAAUGGCUCGGAAUCGAUUGUCUUAUCUAAGUAGCCACUUUUAUUCCCUGAUCCCGCAUCUCUCGCGUCUUGAAGUUAUUGAUACGAUGGUGAAGCUGGGCAAGAAAGUGGAAUUGAUGACUGAAGUUGAUACGAGUGUACGCAGAAUGGCUCAAGACCCGGUUGCACGACGACUUGUCUCAAGAAACUACUUAGACGAAUGUUACGAUCUGUUAGCGUGUGAUUUACAACCUGUAGAAAGCUCGGAUCCUGACUUUGCACUCAUUCAAACGUAUAUCCGAAACUCUAAUUGUUGCGGCCAAACUAGAGACCGAUUGCGGCUGCUAUCGGUCUUUCGAGUAGAGAAACCAGAUCAGGAGACGCGAUUUGAAGCCUUUCGCGAGUUCUCAAACCGCCGGCUUUUGUGGCACGGUAGUCACUUAGCGAAUUGGCUGGGAAUUUUAUCAGAAGGGCUUCAAAUUGCGCCGCCUGAAAUCGCUUCAAACGGACGAACAUUUGGCAAGGGACUUUAUUUUACAGAUAAAAUUACAAAAGCACAGGCGUAUUGCCAUACCAGGUCGGUGAAUGGGCACAAGCUGUGUGUAUUUGUUUUAAGUGAAGUUGCACUUGGAGAGAGCAAAGAAAUGAUGAAUGCAGACGACAAUGCCCAACAAUUUGUAUACAUCGGAGCGGGUGGGCGUGCAAAGGAGGCGUAUUACCACAGCUGUAAGGGGGUUGGAUUGUGCCGUCCGGACUCUGCAGGUGAAGUGGUGGAUAUUCACGGCACCAUUUGGCCUGUUGGGAAGCCAAUUGAGCCAGAGGAGCGAGCAGGAUUGCAUCACAGUGAGUAUAUCAUCUACAAUUCCAAUCAAACACGCAUGCGCUUCAUUGUGUUGGCAAAUAGUGGCUACUAA